UCUUUCCGAUUUACCUAGUACUACUUCAUCACGGCCCCCUAAUGCUGAUAACCCUGCUCUAAGGCUUCUACUUCCCGAUAUGUCCUUAAUAGAUCAAAGCCAAGUGUCCUAUCCGAAGUUAUGGACUCCCCAAUCAUACCAUCAUUUCCUAAUGAGCCCGUCAGUAUUGAUAAUUCUAAGACAAUAUCAUUUGUAUUAUCAGUCUCACCAUCUGAGAAACUAAAGGGGGCAUCAACGCUAGGCUCAGACAUUAACGAACAAGAAAGGAGAUAUCGCACCGUCAAGGCCAUAACUCUCCAUUGGCAUGGCGAAAAGUUCGACAGUGAUCCUUAUGGACCCGCGCGCGAAGCUGCCGAGCUAUUGGCGGCGUUGUCUAAGUGGGGAUGGCAAACUGAAGACUAUUACAUCAUGGCCGAUGACCCUGCCGAGAAAACUGCUAAAUUUUUAACGGACUGCACUCGAGCAUCACAGUCUGAUGAGCUUUUGGUAGUAUAUUACGUUGGCCACGGGCGUGAGAGCUCCAAAGAACCAACGCCUCAGCCCUUUGGCGUGGCUCGACAGGGUAGCUCACCUAGCGACGAUGCUAGUAUUGACUGGCCUGUAAUUCGUUCCGUUCUCGAAGCGGCCCAGUGCGAUGUCGUCAUGUUUCUUAACUGCUGCCAUGGCGCUGACGCCUGGGUCUCACGCAACCUCGAAGAAGAUGGAUUCAAAGGUCCACCGGGCAAGGUUAUGGUAUGUUUAACAGUACAUGAUCUUAGUAUGAGAAAGUCAGUGGCUAAUGCGACCUCAUUAGAGUAUCCUUUCUGCUACUACUGAAAAUCAGAGAGCAUACAUGUAUGAGAACAUGUCGUUUGGGACCUUGUUGA